AUGUUGGAAAGCGGCCCCCCAGGCAGCAUGGUCUGCUCAACCACCAACGCGAACCGCUCACGUUCAAAUGCCACUCACCAAUACAGAGGACAAAACUCAAUUCGCACGGACGCCGGCUCCCGAACACAGCAAGAACAGAAGUCUGUUCGUGAGAACACCACUUACCUAAUACAGCAAUACAGAGGACAGAACUCUGUUGGUACGGACGCAAGUUACCGAACACAGCAAGAUAGGACUCUGUUUGUGAGAACGCCGCUGAUUCCACAUAUGACCACACAGCAGAUAGAACUUCAGGAGAAUCAAAGGGCACACGUGCUCCAACACAGAACCUUUUAA